AUGAAUAUCAAUUUCCGACAACAGCCUGAGCUUCAACUGAGCUACAAAGGAACUGCCAGGCAAAGUUCAAAUGAGCCCUUCCAAAGAGGAGGAACCUAUUUUGCUUGUAGACACUCCCCACAUCCCAAAAAUGUAUGUCACAUUAAAGGAUUAAAUGAUGCACCAAUCUGCUUCGUACGAGACCGAGGGUACAAUGACGGGCAUUUCAUCAUGCCAGGCCCAACAUAUAGCCAGCCUUACAGGCAUCUUGGAACUGCAGCAGAUAAGAUUUUUCCCAAUAAUACUUUGCCAGCAUUGAUAACAGAGGGAGUCGGAGUAACUCUUCCACAUCUUGCUAAAAAUGAAUUUGAAGAGAUGAGAAAUCAAGCAAGAAAUACGCCUCUUUUAAGAAAAAAGGAUGAACCUCUGAUGAAAUACUUAGGAGACCAUCCACAAAGUAGGACUUCUCAGGACCUCCAACUUGUGCCUAUUCAGAGAAUGCAUCAUAAAGAAAACUUCAGGGAAAAUAUUAAUUAUACCCCAAGUUAUCUGGAUCGAGAAAUAAAAGUCCUAGAAAAACUCUGUGACAUUUUACAGACAGAUACCAUUGGAGGGAUUCAAAGGUGGCUAUCCAAGGCAAGUGUGAAAGAGAAAGAGUUUGUAUCCAAUUUCAUACGCUCUGAUAUGACCAGCCGUGACCUGUUGUAUUAUAAGCCAACGGCCCAGACUGAAAGUGAAGUUCCAAACAUUCAGGCUUUGCUAAGAGGGCAAAAAGGAACACCUAAUGAAGAUACAGAAAAAAGUAAUUUAUUUGCAAAGAGAGGGAAAAUAGAUGAAAACGAAGAGGAUCUUCCCAGCAGCUCUGCAAAACAUUCGAGUGGCUGUCAGUCUUUCUCGACCCAAAACAGCUCCCAUUUGUUAUACCGCAAGUCUCGCCUUAGAAAAACUUAA